ACUUUUCUUAAACCGACCACUGUUGAUUUUGUCUUUACAAACUCCUAUAUAAAACUAAUAAUGAAAGUACCUAAAGUGUUGAAAUCGGUGAAGUACUCACUGGCUGCAGUCAAUUGUUUGUUUUUGGUCACAGGGCUAAUUCUUCUCACAGUGGGCCUUAUUGUUCUAACUAAAUUUAACAGUUACGAUUUAUUUGUGACGAAGAUAUUUUUCACGGUUCCUAACUUUGCGAUUGCGACUGCAGCUAUAAUUUUCUUCACGGCCUUACUCGGAUUCUAUGGAGCGAUAUCGGAACAAUUUUAUUUUAUAGCUGGCUAUGUCGCGUUACUCGUAACGGUGUUAAUAUUUGAAAUAUCAAUUACCGUUUUGGGAUUCGAACUGCAAAACAUAACUUCCGAUGAAAUACGAAGCCCGAUGUCUGACAGUAUGACAGAAUAUGGACCAAUGGGACAUAUGACAGUCAAUAUGUUUUGGGAUAACCUGCAAAUGGGGUUUCAAUGCUGCGGAUUGACUGGGGUAGCCGAUUGGAUCCUCAGCAGAGCAGUGGUGCCUGUUAGCUGUUGUCACUUGAAACCCGGGACUAUAUCUCCCUACGAAUGUACAACUGCCCUUACAUAUAAAGACGGUUGUCAGGCUGUACUGAGCGAGUGGCUCGGAUACAAUGCGUACGCUCUCGGAGUUACGGCGGCUUUUGUCACUUGUUUACAGGUUCUAAUUAUAGCUGCGGCUGCUUGGCUAGCAUAUAGAUCCAAAUAUGAGGAAGUUGAACUAGAACGAUAAAAUAUUUUGAACUAGAUGAUACCCGCGACUUCGUCCGCGUGGAGUUCGAUUUUUGAAAUCCCGUGGGAAC